GUGGUCCCCUUCAUUUCUUGUUCCAUUGUUCUUUGAAAAGCAGAAUAUGGGGAGGGGAAAAUAAGGACUGGUACCCUGAAAGGAUAUCAGCAUGGGAGAAGCAGAUUAAUUUGGAUUAACUCUGUGACAAUUGGAGUUAUUUCUUCUAAGUUUCCUUAAGAAGGAGGUGGAGUAGAAGAUUAUGAAUUUCAAAGAGGACAAUGCUUUCUGCCAGAGGUCCCCAAAAUGAAUUCUCACAUUUCAGCAGUCUUAAAAGAGAUCUUAGAAGAAUGGGAACAAAUAUGGGAAGAGGCAGGGUAUGUGGAGUUCAUAUUGCACACUUCUUCAUCAGUCAAAGAGAAUGUUUGGCAGCAAAGGAUUGAUUUUGAGACAAACACAUAAUAAAAGGAUGCAGAACAAAGAUGUUACAGAGAUGUGAGUCACACCAGGAUAAAAGAAGGACUUUUAAAUGAGGGAGAAGGCUGUUUUAUGUCAGAGGCAUACUAUAGUAGUUUAGUGUAAUGAAUUUUCAUGUUUGCUUCCUUAAAUGCCUCAGAAACAUCAGCAUGAAGAGCUGUAAUGUGGGAUGUCAGGUCCCCUUCUCUAGACAGAGCAGUCAGAGAAACUCAGUGUCCUUACUGUGUCCUAGGAAUGUAAGACAGCCACAUCUGAAACCGUAACACAUUCUGAUUUUCCCAAGUCUUUAUAAAGCUAAAAAAAAAAAAAAAAGCAUUGAGAAUUUAUUGCUUGUUUGUGUCAAAUCCCUCUUUCUACAUCUUUCAUACUAGCAGUGAAUUCUCAUUUCUGUGUUUGCUUAUUUCCAGCAUCACUCAGUUGCCAAGCAAAUGAGCAAAACUCUAAGAUCCAGCAGAAACUGGACUAAUAAGGAAAAAACCCUCAUACUGAAAGAGAAAAUUCUUCCAUAAUAUGAGUAAUAGAAAGUUACAAGCAAGAUGGAUUGCUAUUGGCAUAAAUGUUCUCAUUUCAGAGAAUUUUUUUGCAGCCUGCCCCAGUAUGAAAGUUCUUUUCUAAUUGCAUUGCAGUUCUUUGGGAAGUGUUCGCCUAUGACCAAAAUAGUAGCAGGAAUGUACCAGAGAUGCUUAAACAAUGUUUUCCAGACUCCAGCGGGACCAAGACAGCGUCCGUCCACUGCAAACAUAUUUUUCACAUCUAUUAGUCUUCCAGUGUAACAUAGUUUUUAAAUGUCACAUGGUAUUGCAGCAUCCUAAUAGUAUCUCUUGGGGAAAGUCUUUUUCCCUGACACCAUAUCAGGGAUCCUUAGGAGUAGAAACAGAAAAUAUUAGGCUUGUGAUCCACCUCCACCUGCAGAUUGCCAGCAGCUGCAAGUUGUCAAAUAGAUAUAUUGAUUUAAUUAGUCAAGCUAGAACUGUUGCUUUUUCCACUGAAGCAUGAUCCAAUGAGGUAGUGGUGUUUUUUUAGUACCGUACUGCACAAUUCUCAGCCAGCAUCUGUAACUGUAGUCAGAAAAAAAUACUCAAGUUGUAGCUUUCAAGGAAGUACUGUAUAUAUUCUAUACUUGUACUGUGCAGUAUUUGUACCUGUCUCAAAUACUGGUAUUCACAAAACCUUGUCUACUUAUCCUUGUUUUUCACAUCAGACAAGUGAUUUUACUGUGUAUGUUUGAGAGGAGUAGCAAGGUAGGAAUUGGGAAAGGGGGUAACUGCGUAUAUAUGAACCAGAUAUUUCUUCUGAUCUCCAUAACAAGGGGGCUGUAGUUCCAAUGUAGUCAGCUCUUGGACUCUCCCUGGGCCAUUUAGUUUGAUUUGUCAUUUGUGACCAUUACAGACGUUAUAUGUAUGUACUGCUUUCAGGCCAGAGCUGUAGCGUGCUACAUCCAGAAAUCAAAGGAAAAUACCAGAGUAAUUUGUAAGCGCUGCAAGAAAAUGCUGGGAGAAACAACAUCGUCAGAUACUAUUAAAUAUUAUGUCACCGAGGUGAUUAUUCAACCAUCUGAGGGAAGUUUCAGCCCAAUACCAAGGUCUCAGUUUGUGCAGAGCAUGGUUGCUCAGUGUCUUUUGGAAUUAUCCUCUGCUAAAAGCACAUUUAGAUUCACUGUAAAAGGGGAUAAUGGAAAAACCUAUAUUCUGAUAUGGCUUUUAAAUUCUGACACAUUGCUGGUGGAGUCUUUAGGAAGUUCCUCCUCUCUCAGUGUUCUUACACUGUUUGGAGAUAUUUUCAUGCCUAGCUCUGGACCAGUGGGGACCUGGAAUGCUGUCAAAGUCCUUUACCAGCCAUGCAUUAAAAGCAGAAAUAAGGACCUUGCUGAUGCAUGGGAAAAUGAUAUGGGAGUUCAUCCUUUAAAGUUUCCAUCAGAAACAUGUUUGGAAUUACUGCUAGUGCUGGGUUUGAGCACCGCAUCUCUUCCACCUUCGCUUCGAUGCAUGAACUCUUUUCAGAUAAUUUACCAUGUUUCAACAGCAUAUUUUUUUAGUGGCCUUGCCCUAAGGAAGAAGUUUUAAACAGUAUUUUGGAAGUUGUAGAGCAGACCAAUAUGCUAUAAUAAUUAUACUUCAAGAAUCCAGAAUGAUACCUUAAGGGAGCUCCAGUGCAAACU